GCCAUUUUACCAUUCACCACAUUGGUGUGCACCUGGGUAGAUGGACAGACCGUUGAGUCCCUAACGAUUGCGAACACCUGAAUGAAGCUGAAGGCUUCAUUUGGUGACCCCGACGUGAUCGUUAGGGAAUAGUGGUCGGCCACAGGCGGCGUGGCGAUCCUGCCCUCAUCCGUCUCGCUUAACGGAGCGAGGACGAUGACCCUAGUAGAGGGGGCUGCGGCUUAGGAGGGCAGAAGCUGAGUGACGUCGGAGGGAGCUCCACGGCCGGGGGCCAAGAUAACCUACCGAGAACUCAGAGAGUCGUUGGAAGACGGGAAGGAAGCCCGACGACUGAGCAGUCCACUCCAGGCGCGAUUCUGGUCGCCCGGUGGAUCAAGCAUGGAAGCCGUCAUAAAGGUGAUUUCGUCCGCGUGUAAAACCUAUUGCGGGAAAACCUCUCCUUCUAAGAAGGAAAUAGGGGCCAUGUUGUCCCUGUUACAAAAGGAAGGGUUGCUUAUGUCCCCCUCAGACUUAUAUUCCCCGGGGUCCUGGGAUCCCAUUACCGCGGCACUCACCCAGCGGGCAAUGGUACUUGGGAAAUCGGGAGAGUUAAAAACCUGGGGAUUGGUUUUGGGGGCAUUGAAGGCGGCUCGAGAGGAACAGGUUACAUCUGAGCAAGCAAAGUUUUGGUUGGGAUUAGGGGGAGGGAGGGUCUCUCCCCCAGGUCCGGAGUGCAUCGAGAAACCAGCAACGGAGCGGCGAAUCGACAAGGGGGAGGAAGUGGGAGAAACAACUGUGCAGCGAGAUGCGAAGAUGGCGCCGGAGGAAACGGCCACACCUAAAACCGUUGGCACAUCCUGCUAUCAUUGCGGAACAGCUAUUGGCUGUAAUUGCGCCACAGCCUCGGCCCCUCCUCCUCCUUAUGUGGGGAGUGGUUUGUAUCCUUCCCUGGCGGGGGUGGGAGAGCAGCAGGGCCAGGGGGGUGACACACCUCGGGGGGCGGAACAGCCAAGGGCGGAGCCAGGGCACGCGGGUCAGGCCCCUGGGCCGGCCCUGACUGACUGGGCAAGGAUCAGGGAGGAGCUUGCGAGUACAGGUCCGCCCGUGGUGGCCAUGCCUGUAGUGAUUAAGACAGAGGGACCCGCCUGGACCCCUCUGGAGCCAAAAUUGAUCACAAGACUGGCUGAUACGGUCAGGACCAAGGGCUUACGAUCCCCGAUCACUAUGGCAGAAGUGGAAGCGCUUAUGUCCUCCCCGCUGCUGCCGCAUGACGUCACGAAUCUAAUGAGAGUUAUUUUAGGACCUGCCCCUUAUGCCUUAUGGAUGGACGCUUGGGGAGUCCAACUACAGACGGUUAUAGCGGCAGCCACUCGCGACCCCCGACACCCAGCGAACGGUCAAGGGCGGGGGGAACGGACUAACUUGGAUCGUUUAAAGGGUUUGGCGGAUGGAAUGGCCGGCAAUCCAGAGGGUCAGGCUGCGUUAUUAAGACCGGGGGAACUGGUUGCUAUUACGGCGUCGGCUCUCCAGGCGUUUAGAGAGGUCGCUCGGUUGGCGGAACCCACAGACCCGUGGGCGGAAAUUACGCAGGGACCAUCUGAGUCCUUUGUGGAUUUUGCCAAUCGUCUUAUAAAGGCGGUUGAAGGGUCAGAUCUCCCACCUUCCGCGCGGGCUCCGGUGAUCAUUGACUGCUUUAGGCAGAAGACUGCCCCUCUUACGGAUCGAGGCAUAGCCGCGGCCAUGUCGUCUGCUAUUCAGCCCUUAGUUAUGGCAGUAGUCAAUAGAGAGAGGGAUGAACAAACUGGGUCGGGUGGUCGUGCCCGAGGGCUCUGCUACACUUGUGGAUCCCCGGGACAUUAUCAGGCGCAGUGCCCGAAAAAACGAAAGUCAGGAAACAGCCGUGAGCGAUGUCAGCUGUGUGACGGGAUGGGACACAACGCUAAACAGUGCAGAAGGCGGGAUGGCAACCAGGGCCAACGCCCAGGAAGAGGCCUCUCUUCGGGGCCGUGGCCCGUCUCUCAGCAGCCUGCCGUCUCGUUAGCGAUGACAAUGGAACAUAAAGAUCGCCCCUUGGUUAGGGUCAUUCUGACUAACACUGGGAGUCAUCCGGUCAAACAGCGUUCGGUGUAUAUCACCGCGCUGUUGGACUCUGGAGCGGACAUCACUAUUAUUUCAGAGGAGGAUUGGCCCACCGAUUGGCCAGUGAUGGAGGCCGCGAACCCGCAGAUCCAUGGGAUAGGAGGGGGAAUUCCCAUGCGAAAAUCCCGGGAUAUGAUAGAGGUGGGGGUUAUUAACCGAGACGGGUCUUUGGAGCGACCCCUGCUCCUCUUCCCCGCAGUAGCUAUGGUUAGAGGGAGUAUCCUAGGAAGAGAUUGUCUGCAGGGCCUAGGGCUCCGCUUGACAAAUUUAUAGGGAGGGCCACUGUUCUUACUGUUGCGCUACAUCUGGCUAUUCCGCUCAAAUGGAAGCCAGACCACACGCCUGUGUGGAUUGACCAGUGGCCCCUUCCUGAAGGUAAACUUGUAGCGCUAACGCAAUUAGUGGAAAAAGAAUUACAGUU